GGCGCCGCAGAAGCCUGGUUUAACGCGAACCGUAGAUAGAUGCUGUCCCAGCCUUGCGUGCCGGCGGAGACAAUGCGGAGCGUCAGAAGUGGGUCAGACAGUUUCGGAGUUUCAAACGUGACGCGUGACUUGGAGACGCCAGAAUCUAGAUGAGAUAAGCUGCUGAGCGUUCGGAACAGAAAAGGAAGUAGUAAAAUGACCAGAACUUUUCUACAUGGGUGGGAUCUUAGAGCCGAUUAUUUUUAAGUACAUCUUUGUGUUUUUAAAAAAGUUGAAGCCUGGAGACAAGUAGCUUACCCAGGGUACCGAGAUGCAUGGUGAGUUGGCACCGUAACGUAGAUGCCCCAGUUACUAGUAAGAUGCUGAUUUUCAAACAGUUUUACAAUACAUAAACUGGAUAAAAGUUUUCCCCCCACUUCAGUAUCAGGUGAUACUGCCAUCCUCCCACACCCCCAACUCUGAAAAAGAGUUCCUGAAAUCUGAAUUACAGACCAUCAUUUUAAUUGUACAAACUGCAGCUGAAACAAGCUUCUCUUUGGGGUCACAAUGGCCACCCAAGGCAGGGGAACUUUGGGCCUCAUCCCCAGGAGUGCUGUUCUCCAGAAGCAGGAGGGGCGCCUGACUGUGAAGCAGGAGCCAGGAAGCCAGACCUGGAGGCAGGGCUGCAGUCUCCAAAAGAACCACCCUCCUGUCUGUGAAAUUUUCCGGCUGCACUUCAGGCAGUUAUGUUACCACGAGAUGUCUGGGCCACAGGAGGCUCUGAGCCGCCUCCGGGAGCUCUGCCGCUGGUGGCUGAUGCCGGAGGUGCACACCAAGGAACAGAUCCUGGAGCUGCUGGUGCUGGAGCAGUUUCUAAGCAUCCUGCCAGGGGAGCUCCGGACCUGGGUGCAGCUGCAUCACCCCGAAAGUGGUGAGGAGGCUGUGGCUGUGGUGGAGGAUUUCCAGAGACACCUCAGUGGACCAGGAGAGGUUUCAGCUCCAGAACAGAAACAGGAAAUGCAUUUGGAGGAGGCAACAGUCCUGGGUGCAACAGAGGACUCUCCUACCUCAUCCCUCAGUGAGGGUUCAGCCCCUGGAGCCCACCUGGAGCCUCCUCAUGACCCAGGGGCCUGCCAUCCCACCAGUGGACGCUCUGCUCAACAGGCUUCCCCGGUGCCUGCCCUUCCCCAAGCAGGGAACUUAGGAGACCAAGCAGCAGCAAGUGUGCUUCAGAUGGUCGGGCCCCAGGGGUCUGCAGCGUACGAGUUCCUGUGCGUGGACUAUACUCAGAAGAAGUGGAGAGGUCCAGCAGUCAGUCAGAGAGCCCUGUACCAGAAGGUCAUGCCGGAAAAUCACUGCAGCGCGGCCUCCCUGGCAGGUGAGAAUAGGAUGGAAAGUUCCGAGUUACCUGCAAAGCAUGAAAUUUCUAAAGGUUCUGAUUCAUCAAAUAGGAUAUCAGGAGGACUCUAUGUGGUGGUUCCUGGAGGACCAGAAGCUGGAGAUGCCUGUGAAGAUGCUUUAGAGAAGCUGGAAGGGCAACCCUCAGAUGAGGAAGGGAGCCAACUCAAAAGUGAUUUCUUGGAAAUAACACAUGAGAAUAAAACUAAAUCUACCAAAGAUGGAUGUGAUACAUAUAAGGAACUUGGGGCACAUCCAAAUCUGUCCUCCAGUCCUGCAGAACUUCAAGGAAUUCUGAAAGGACAGAAAUUCUAUCGAUGUGAUGAAUGUGGCAAAACUUUCAAUCGGAGUUCACACCUCAUUGGGCAUCAGAGAAUCCACACUGGAGAGAAACCCUAUGAGUGUAACGAGUGUGGAAAGACAUUCAGGCAGACCUCUCAGCUCAUAGUUCAUCUCAGAACCCACACGGGGGAAAAGCCCUAUGAGUGCAGCGUGUGUGGAAAGACCUAUCGACACAGCUCCCAUCUCAUUCAACACCAGAGACUCCAUAAUGGGGAGAAACCUUAUAAAUGUAAUGAAUGUGCGAAAGCCUUCACUCAGAGUUCCCAACUCAUUGACCACCAGAGAACCCAUACUGGAGAGAAACCAUAUGAAUGCAAUGAGUGUGGGGAGGCCUUCAUUCGGAGUAAAAGUCUUGUCCGACAUCAGGUACUUCACAGUGGUGAGAAACCCUACAAGUGUAAUGAGUGUGGGAAAGCUUUCUGUUCUAAUAGAAAUCUCAUUGACCAUCAGAGAAUCCACAGUGGGGAGAAGCCUUAUGAGUGUAAUCAAUGUGGCAAGGCCUUCAGUCGGAGUAAAUGUCUUAUUCGACAUCAGAGCCUCCACACUGGGGAAAAACCAUACAAAUGUAGCGACUGUGGGAAAGCUUUCAAUCAGAACUCUCAACUUGUUGACCAUGAGCGAAUUCAUACUGGAGAAAAACCUUUUGAAUGUAAUGAGUGUGGGAAAGCAUUCAGUCUGAGUAAGUGUCUUAUUCGACAUCAGAGACUUCACACAGGUGAAAAGCCCUAUAAAUGCAAUGAAUGUGGAAAAUCCUUCAAUCAAAACUCACACCUCAUUAUACACCAGAGAAUUCACACUGGUGAGAAACCUUAUGAAUGUACUGAGUGUGGGAAGGUCUUCAGUUAUAGCUCUAGCCUUAUGGUACAUCAAAGAACCCAUACUGGGGAGAAACCAUAUAAAUGCAGUGAUUGUGGGAAAGCCUUUAGUGACAGCUCGCAACUCAUUGUGCACCAGAGAGUUCACACUGGAGAGAAACCCUAUGAAUGUAUUGAGUGUGGGAAAGCCUUCAGUCAGCGUUCCACUUUCAAUCACCACCAGCGAACUCACACUGGAGAGAAGCAGGCAGGUGGGGCUCAGUCAGUUUCUUAAGGCAUAAAUCUCCAAGACAGCAAGGAACUUUGAGUUAAGCUUUCUUUAUAAGAAGGCUACUCACCCUGGUGUCCUCUUAGAACCACUAAUUGAAGUGGGCAUUUCCCAAAUGCUUUCUGCUGGGUCAUAAAGAUAGGAGAGUGGCAGUAACAGUGCACUCCUUCCUCAGUAAUGGGGAAGUGAGGACUACACAUUUCAUGUACUUGUAGGUUUCCUUCUUUCUUUUUUUUAACUGUUUAAAAAUCUAUUUCAUGUCUUAGUUAUAUAUCACAUAAUCAGACUGUGUGCUUCUCAAGAACAGAGAUUGUAUCUUACUUUUCCUGUUUCAGGUAAUCCAUUUUACCAUUUACAUCAAGCCAUUCUCCAAGACUGUUAUUAAUUCUUUCCUUUCUGUUGGCUGUUCCCCUCCUUAUCUACUUUUGAAACCUCUCUAAUCUAGACCCUCAUCACUUGUGUUCCUACCUAGAAAACCUUUUCUUCUUCACAUUUGCUAAUCUGUGUCCCUCAGAACCUUUGAGAUCCAGUUCAUCUCUCAAAGACUUUCUUCUUCAAAUGCUUCUUCAUUCCUUUUAAACUGCUAUUUCUUUGACCUCAGUGCUUCAAAUUAGCUGGUGCUACAAUGUGCAAUUGUUGUUAAAUUGCCUUGCAAGUUAUUCUCAACUUAAUGCAUAUGUAUAUAUGUUCAUACCAACUUACUUAGGCUCUUUGAUGUUGAAUAUGGUGUCUGUUUCUUUUGGCAUAUAGAUAAUUUUUGUAUACUAGUUGUUUAAUAAAUAAUUUUUUAAAACUCA